AUGGGCUCCUGCAUAAGCCGUCAGCUACCUGAGGAUCAGGAGCGCCGAAGACCCCGACUAUUAACCAAGUGGAAGCAACGCCGAGCACUGAAGAAAGCCGAACGGCAUUUUAGAAGGGCUAGCCCGACGUUUGAGGAGACGAAGGAGAUCGAUACCCUGCGUGCAACAGAGUACACACCCUUGAAGGACCAUGUGUAUCUAGACUAUACUGGCGCAGGCUUGUACGGUGAGAAGCAGCUCCGAACACACUUCGACCUGCUUCGGUCCAGCAUCUACAGCGAUUCCAGCUCGACUUCGAACGCAGCUGCAAUCCAGCGAAUCAGAGAACACGUCCUUUCAUUCUUCCGGGCCUCUCCGGACGAGUAUGAGCUCAUCUUCACAGCCAACGCAUCCCAUGCCCUUAAGCUGGUAGGAGAAUCUUACCCAUUUACGCCACAAGGCGAACUGCUCCUCUUGUGGGACAACCACAAUUCUGUUCAGGGACUUCGGGAAUUUGCCCGUGGCAAGGGAACACCCAUCACCCAUGUACCUGUUAUGCCACCGAAUCUGAAUAUAGAUGAGGCGUUCCUAAAAAAAUCGAUCUGCACCAGCUCCGAUAGCCAUCGACUUUUUGCAUAUCCUGCCCAAUCAAAUUUCAGCGGUGUCCAGCAUUCGUUGAAAUGGAUUGAAGAAGCCCAAGCUCAUGGAUGGGAUGUUGUCCUAGACGCUGCCAGCUUUGUUCCGGCAAAUCGUCUAGACUUGUCCCAAUGGCAUCCCGAUUUUGUCCCAAUUUCGUUUUACAAGAUGUUUGGGUAUCCCUCUGGUAUCGGCUGUCUGAUAGCUCGCAAACAGACGUUGGCGAAACUCCAGCGCCCAUGGGUAUCAAGUGGAAAAGUCCCUACCAUGACCAUGAAUUUGCUUGAUAGCACCGACAGCUCUGACGGGGACCAGAACCUGGUUGUGGCUCGGAAGUGGCACGAGGUAUUCGAAGAUGGUAGUGUCGACUUCUUCGGUCUUCCCGCCGUCGAGAUCGGGCUUAACCAUCUAUCCAGCAUCGGUAUGGAGACUAUUAGCAGCCGUGUCAAGCUGCUCGCUGGCUGGCUCAUCGAUCGCCUCCUCGAACUCCGCCAUUCCAACGGCCAACGCGUCGUUAUCGUAUACGGACCCCAAAACACCGUCAACCGCGGCGGAACUAUAACCUUGAACUUCUUCGAUCCUACUGGCCGCGUCAUAGAUGAGCGUGUUGUGGACAAACGUGCUCUCCCUAUUAAUCUUUCCCUCCGCACAGGAUGCUUCUGCAACCCCGGCGCCAGUGAAGCUGCAUUCUACCUCACUGAAGAAGCUCUGCUCAACGCAUUCAACCAAGAAGCCGCAGCGAAGGAGCAAGAGGGCAACCCGAAGACAUUCGACGAAUUCCUGCUUGACAUGGGUAUGAAAACCGGCGGAGGCAUUCGUAUCUCCCUGGGCCUAAUGACCAAUUUCGCGGACUGUUUCCGAUUCCUUCAAUUCGCACACGGAUUUAUCGAUAAUAUACCGACUGAGACGGACCUCAAGCCACGGCCACACUGCUAG